AUAUUAAUGGGGAAACUUCAACCACACCUCAGUGAUCUGGGAAACACGGAGUCAUUUCCACUCUCAGCUACAAGAGCUGCUUCACUUCAACCGUUCGCCGGGACUGCUUUUACACCAAAGAUUCAUCUCCAACAGAACUGCCUCACAUAAACCUCACAAAGUCCUACAGAAUCCACUGGAAACCAGGGGCCCAGAAUAAUACGGGAAUAAGGGGUCUUUGGCAUAAACGUAAAGCAACAACGUCAUCACUGAUCCUGUCAGUGAUCGGGACGGAGCUUUUUGGACAAGCCACGGCUUCUGUCGCUGAGUGUUGAGGAUUAGAUUCUCUCUCGAUCUUGUCUCCCAACGGCCUGCAGGGUGGCGAGAGAGAGCGGCGAACCCAACCGGUGCGUGCCGGAGAUGAGUGCGUUCUGGCAUAAGAUUGGUUGCUGUGUGGUAGCCAAACCUCCUCCGAAGAAGAAGCGGAGGAGAAUUGACCGCAGCAUGAUCGGAGAGCCCACAAACUUCGUUCAUCUGACACACAUAGGCUCGGGUGAAAUGGCAGAUGGCAUGCAGCCGUCUGGCCCGAUAAAGGAACAAAUGAGAUCCAAAGUGCCUCACGCCAAUGGACGAAACAGCCUGUUAUAGCCUCUUUACCUGAUGUUUUUAAUUUCUUACCCAAAGUAUCCCUCAACCUAAACGCAGCACUGUACCAAAUAGGAUUUUCAAUACAAACAAAUUGACAACCUCCAAAUAUUGCUGUGGCUACAACAAGGUCUAUAUUUUGGAUCCUCUGGAAUGAUUCAGAAGAGACGAGGUUUGUCCCCUGUAAACUAAGACUGUUAUUGAAUUUCAUUGGAUUGUAUGCGAGUGUGAAUGCGUUUAUGUGUGUUUGAGACACCGACUGUGCUUGCGAAGGAAAAGGUUCUUAUCUUUGACUGCCUUCCUAAAAGUUAUAACUGGCAUGUUUGUCGUUGUUAAGGAUGUGUGCAAAUGUGUGUGUGUUUUGUAAUGGAAAUGUAUGCGCACCUUUACCAUUACAGUGUCUCCAACUGCUUGUCGUUAAAGGGAUCGUUCUUGCCAACAUUAAAAUUUGCUGUCAGUUUUUUUUGCAUUCAGGCUAUCUGAGAUGUAGGUGACACUUUCUUUUUAGUUUUGACCGUGGUCCUUGGAAAUUUUAUAAAAUGCACUUUUAGAGUUGAAUAACUCAAACAGGCAAAACUACAAGAAACUGAACAUAGUUUCCAAUAUUACCUUAAGUGCAUGACCUGAGCAUGUUUGACUCCAUAAGAUCUUAAAUGUGUAGUUCUGAACCACAAGCAUAACUUUAUACAUAUUUAAUAGGCAAAAUGAAUAGCGUUCAAAUGCAUAAACCGAAGUGUCGUCUGAAAUUUUAUCCUAAAAUCAGCAUUAUUCCUCAUUGUUUCUGAUCAGAUAUCUCACCUUAAAGGCAAUUAAAAUUACCUAUUAUUUGCUAAACCCUAAGUAUUCGAUAGAAAGUCUACUAUCUGUUUAUCUGAGUGGAGGCAAAACAACAAGAAACUGAACAUCAUUUACAAUAUUACCUUAAAUACACAGCAUCAGCUUACAAUCCUGAGCAUGCUUGGCUUUAUAAGAUCUUAAUGUGUAGUAAUGAAACACAAGCAUAACUUUAGAUAUAUUUAUUAGGGAAAAUGAAUAGAGAUCAAAUGCAAAAAUCAAAGUGUUGUCUGAAAUUUGUAUUUUUCCCUCAGCCUCCUGUUUAUGGUCAAAUAUUUCACCUUAAAGGCAAUGAAAAUAACCUAUUGUUUGCCGUAAAAGUGAGACUACAGAACCUACACAUAGGAGCCUAAGAAAAAAGGGCUGUUUUAGAAGAAUAUUUCAGAUAUUUCACUUUAAUAUUUUAGGAGGAACUGAACUACUAAUAAGACCAUGGUUUCAGCUAAAAAUCAUCUUUCGUAUUUUAUUAAAAAGACGUCUUGGAUGGCCUGAGGGCAUCUGCAUUAGCAGCAGUUGUUUAUUUUUGGCAGAAUUAUUUCUUUAACAGUUGCACAAAUUUUUGCUGAUCAAUGUAUGAUCAUAAAAAAGCCCCUCUGGUAUGUGUAUAGUGGGUAGAUGUAGUAUGAUAUUUUAGUUUUCUUUCUUUUUUUAACUUUGCAUUAAUAAAGCAAACACAUUUCCUUUAUAACUCUAAAGAAAUGGAUACCAAAAAAAA